GACAGCUCAGACACUGACUUUAAUUGCAAUCUCGGAACUAUCUCUCUCUCUCUACGCGCAAACACACACCCCUAUGGCAGCCGGCGGGCCGCCCCAUUUUUUUUUUUCCCAUUAAAGACUCCAAAUCCAAGUGAAACACCCCCAUCGAAAACUGCCACCCAUUUCAUUCGCUAUUCUGUCGUAUUGUUUCAUUGAAACAGAAAAAAAAACAGACUUUCUUGUUGUCUCUGUCUAUGUUUCUGUGAGAGCCUUAUUUGGGUUGCGAUGGAUGCUUUUCGUUGGAGUUAUCAAUGUGUUUGAGGCUCAAUUCGCUCCAUUUCUUCCACGAACUAGCUGCCUGGUUUUCCAUUUCCCUUCAAUUUUGUCUGAAUCUGGUGGUCUUGUGAUAGGCGUGGGGACACCCAUUUGGUCUUUGAAGCGAAAGAAGAGAAAAUAAGAAUCUGGGUGAUGAUAAUAGCGGCUUUCCUUCCGACAAGGAUUCCUUAAACUUGGCAAUGGAAAGAGGAAAAUCCUGGUCUGAUGAUGGAUAUGAGCUUAAUAGGAGGGGAACAGGUGUGUUCCAUCCGCAUAUCAAGCUAACUGACAUAGUUGAUAAAGAAAACAAUCAUAUCCCCAUUGAUCGGAUCCUACCUGAUGAUCUGCAGGAAAAAAUAAUCGCCUCUCUCCCAUUAGAGUGCAUUUUAAAAGCAUCUUGUGUUUGUAAAAAGUGGAAUGAAAUUGUGCACUCGAAAAAAUUUAUGUUGAACAUCUCAAAUGCUUUAGCACAGAAACCUUGGUACUUCAUGUUUACCAGCUCUGACGAACCCAUUGGGUAUUUCUAUGAUCCUUUGUUAAGCAAAUGGUACAGCUCUGAACUCCCUUGUAGUGUAAAGCAUAAUUAUUAUAUUGCUUCAUCUUGUGGUUUAGUGUGCUUCAUGGAUAAUUAUAGCAGGAAUGAACUAUAUGUUUGUAACCCGCUUACUAGAAACUACAAGAAACUGGAACUUUUGGGACAACCAUUUUUGGGUUACACAGCCCUUGCAUUUUCAGUGGACUGGCCAUCACACAGUUAUACUGUUGCCAUUGUAGGAUCGGAGCAUGUUUUUGAUGAUGAAUGGGCUAUUUCAAUUCACAUAUAUACUUCAAAUAAAAUGAUUUGGCUAUCUCCCAUGAAGAAAACUCUCACCAGGUGGAGAGCAGGAUACGAUAGUAUCAUUUGUGAUGGGGUUUUGUAUGUCCUUGUUUAUUAUACUGGAACAGACGAGACUGAGGAUCACCAUGCUUUGUUAACUUAUAAUCUAUAUACCCCAUCAUUCCAGGAUAUGUCAAUUUCUACUAGAGUCCCAGUUCCUUGUUUUGUUACUUGUGGACGGCUGUUGAACCUCGAUGACAAGCUUGUGAUGGUGGGAGGUAUUGGGAGACAAGAUCGACCAGGCAUAAUAAAGGGAAUUUGCAUUUGGGUUCUUAAAGGGAGGGAAUUGGAAGAGGUAUCUCGUGUGCCUUAUAAGUUAUUUCAGGGAUUUGGAGAGAUAGAUGAUGUUUUUGCUAGCAGUGGUGCUGGUGACCUUAUAUACGUUCAGAGUUAUGGAGCAACAGCUCUUCUUGUGUUCGACAUGACCUUGAGACAGUGGAGCUGGUCGCGGAAGUGUCCUGUGAUUAAGAAGUUUUCUCUUCAGCUUUUCUCAGGUUUUUGCUUCCAACCGCGGCUUGAACUUUCUUCCUAAUUGAGCAUCUUCACCUUUUGAUUUUACAAGGUGGUGGUGAUAAUUUUUGCUAAAGCUCUAUUUAGUCUUAUAUUUUUCCCAGCAUUAAAGAAAAUGUCAUUAAUCAGAUUUUUAGUAACUGUUUUCGUAUGAUGAUAAUCUUGAAC